AUGUUUAAUACAAGUCAUUUUCAAGGUGGAACAAUUACAUAUAAAAUUAUAAAUACUUAUGGAUCAACAGUAUCUAUCAUGAUAACACAAACAUAUUUAUAUAGAUGGCCAUUAGUUUAUUGUGAUAAUUCUUAUAUAUUAUCACAAACAUCACCCAAUAUAAGUUCUUUUAGUGAAUAUAAUUAUAAACUCAAUUGUGUGGCAAAUUGUACAACAAAAGGUGGCUACAUACCAGUACCAGUUAGACCCUAUUGCAUAGAUUAUUCAGCAGUAAUGUCUAUUAGUGUCACACAACGAACUGAUAUAGUUAAUCUUACAAGUGGAGCUUAUUUUAAAGUCGCUUUUGUAUCAUCGGCUUGGCGAACAUUAAGUUUACCAAACGGAAAUCCACCUACCAAAGGUUGGAGUAUCUUAUGUACUAUUGAUUUACGUACACGAUCAGAUACAGGAAAGCUAAAUACGCCUCCUGUUGCAAAUAUGAUAUCACCUAUCGCAAUACCUGUCGGAAUUCAACAAUCAUUGUUUAUACCAACAAUUGAUAGUGAUAAUGAUGUAGUACGAUGCCGUUUUGCUAAUACGACAGAUGAAUGUUCAGAUGUAUGUCCACCAAGCUCUCUACCUAAUAAUACAAUACUCAUAUCUUCAAAUUGUACAUUGUUAAUCACUGGUGCCAAAGUUAACGAUUGGUAUGCUGUAGCUAUUCAGAUUGAAGAUUUUACUUCUUCAAAUUCAACUACUCCAUUAAGUUCUGUACCAGUUCAACUUCUUAUAAAUGUAUAUGCUUCACCGAAUUGCACUAUAGUUCCCCGUCUUUAUGGCUCGAAUAAUCAAACAGGUACAUGUGAAAGUAUACAAGUUGGUCAAUCACAUUCAAUAAUACUUUAUGCUGAAAACUAUUGCUCGAAUUACAGUGUGAUAAUCGAAGAUAUUGCUACUUUAUCAUUUCCUAUUGUAAUUAAAAGUAAUAUUAUUCAAAAUACAAGUACAUUAUAUUCUGUUUCUUUAACGUGGACACCAACUACAAAUCAAAUCGGUUCACAAAUACUUUGUACUAUUGCAAUUGAUAGUCAAAAUGUUCAAUCAAAUCAAUAUUGUAUGGCAUUCGUUGUUAGCAUAAGUGGCACUCAAACAUGUCCUGGAGAAGUAUUAGAAACUUCAACAUCAUUAUUAUCAUCAACCAUAACUCAGGAAAUAUUUAAUGAUUCUUUAUCAUUUAUUGAUGAUCUUACAACAUAUAUUAAUGAUGAACAAAGUUCUGCAGAUGAUACGUCAUCAAUAACUAGUACUACGACUAUCAAUACAACUACUGUUUCAUCAUCGAAUGAACUAUCAUGGCUAUUACCUGUAAUUAUUGCUUUGGCUACGAUAUUAUCACUUUUAUGUUGCUUAUGUUUAUGUUGUCCAUCACCUUAUGGUUUAGGAUUGUUAUAUAGAAAACAUCGUCGUGAUGUGUCAUCAGAACCGUUAGAUAACACUGAUCGAAUGCAUCGAUCAUCAAGAAUUUACACGAUUUACAGACGAUAUAUAAAUAAUUCCAAUAGUAUCAAUCGAUUUACUAGUAGUUUAGAAAGCCCAAGAAGUACAACUGAAUCUGAUAUACAUUUGGAUUUAUUUUCAGCAACAUCUCGUGAUAGUAUGAAUAAAAAAGCAAAUAAUUCUAGAUGGGCCUAUCCAUCACCAAGAUACUAUGAAAUAGGAAUAUCACGAGCUGAAUAUAAAAAUGGAAACAACUAUGUUAAACGUCAUAAAAAUCUUGUACAAACAUACUCAUCAUACAAUGACGAUUAA